UCAACUAUCGUGGCGACAUAUUAUUCAGUUUUGCGUUUUCUUUUAUCUUUUAUUUCAGAGGGAUGAUGCAAUUUUCAGUGUCAUUAGCAGGCGUUAGCGUGUUGGCUAAUGACACUGACAGCUGCCCCAGUUUCUUGCUGCCCCACGAGAGAGUCAAAUGGGAAGUCUUCAUAGGACGUUUCCAUGACUUGACUCCGACCCCAUAAAUUUGAAGCGUUUCAACUCCUUAUUUCACAUAGCAGAACCAGAUCUCCACAGGAACUUCCUGUCGGUAUAGCCCUCGACUGCGUUUUCACGAAGUUACUCUUUCUCCCAAUUCAUGAUCAACAGUUCCAGAGCUUUCACCACGCGACAUAUAAGAAAAUUCCUCGUCGUCAAACUGUCUGCUGCUGUUAAGAAGAAACAUCAGUGGAGGUUGAGCAACGUGACCGGAACUGGUCACCACACGGUAUCAUGGACAGAAAUAGGGCGGCCAGCUUUGUGAAGAUUGCGAGUCGAGAACCAAGAAAGCAGAGGUCGUUGAGGCGCGAUGGGUUGUCACUAGACCUGAAACCGGUCGGGGCUGAAACCAGCGAUUCGGGGAUAUGGCAGCAGCAGCAGCAGCUGCGAGAGAGAAAAGACCCAUAUUUCGAGGCGCAAGCGUUGCUGGAGCUCAGUUUUGAGGUUAACAAGGAUACAGUUACGUUACGAAGCGUGUCACCCGCAGCCAUUGCCGAGGUGCCCAUCAUACCGGCAGGAGAAAACCUUCCCUGGGGCAGAAUCGAGUCACACAAGAAUGAGAGUCACCAAUCGAGUACGAGCAGUUCUCUGGCAGCCAUCAUGCCACGCUCGCUGUCGUUAGGGGAUAGCGUCAGAGCAGUGGGGAGCAUGGUGAAGCAGCUUAGCAACGAACUCGCUCGAAUGACACGAAACGCAUCGAAGGCCCAGGAUUACAUCACCCCGGUUGAGCAGUCAGAGUCUCCUGAUCUUGAGCUCGGAAGACCGGGUUCUCCCAGAAACAUGCAGAAGAGUACCUCGCGCGCGGAGUACGCACUUCAGGCCGUUCGGUGCAUCAGUAAGGCGACCGCCACAGAUGACGAGAAGAAGUUGUGGGAGAAAGUAGAGCAACGGUUCGUCAAGCUUGCGGACGCUGAUUCCAUGUUGCCUCGUUCCAAUUUUGCCGAAUGCAUUGGAAUGAAGGAAUCGAAGGAGUUUGCUAAUGAGCUCUUCGAUGCGCUGGUUCGUUGCAAAGGCGAGAAGGUGAACAGCAUCAGCAAACAGGAAUUGUACCAGUAUUGGUUGGUAAUUGCGAACAAAAGCUUCGACGGCCGCAUGCAAAUGUUCUUCGCCUUGUGUGAUAAGGAUCUGGAUGGUCGCAUCACGGCCGAGGAAGUGAAGCAAGUGAUAGUGUUGAGCGCGAGUGCGAACAAGCUGUCUGUAUUGAAGGAGCAGGCAUCAGAGUACGCUGCGCUUAUUAUGGAAGAACUCGACGUGAAUCGUAAUGGUUACAUAGAGCUGAGUGAGUUUGAGUCACUCAUGCGCGGAUCUGUGAUGGCUGCAAAUGGAAAAGAACCAACAGUACAGUAUAACCAAAUGUUAAAGCAGAAGAGCAAGCGAACAAAAGUGCAGGAUGCCACAGGAAAGGCUAAACACUUCUUGCACGAUUACUGGAAGCGGUUGUGGAUACUCGCCCUUUGGGUGAUGGCCAUGACAGGACUCUUCACUUGGAAGUUUCUUCAGUAUCGGCAUCACGAGGCAUAUGCAGUCAUGGGUGAGUGUCUCUGCGUCGCUAAAGGCGCAGCGGAGACACUGAAGCUCAACAUGGCCCUCAUUCUGCUGCCUGUAUGUCGCAACAUGCUCACAAGGCUUCGGUCCACGCGAUUAGGCAAGCUCAUUCCCUUCGACGAGAAUCUCGACUUUCACAAGUGUAUCGCUGCAGCUAUAGCAGUGGGAGUGUUCGUGCAUGGAACUCUUCACAUAACCUGCGAUAUCCCAAAAUUUGUCAAUUGUGACGAUGAAAAGUUCUUUGAGGCUCUCGGCGACCAAUUCGACAAGCACCCCACAUACGCUGACAUUGCCGUGACGCCAGUGGCAAUCACGGGCAUUCUCAUGGUAGUUCUUAUGGCAAUCGCCAUGCUGCUCGCCACCCACUGGAUCCGUCGCAGCUUGGUGAAGUUUCCAUGGCCGCUGCACCGACUCACGGGAUUCAAUACAUUCUGGUACUCUCACCACUUGUUCGUGAUCGUCUACGCGCUUCUCCUGGUCCACUCCAUCAAGCUCCUUCUCGCUGGUUCGUGGUACAAGCGAACGAUAUGGAUGUACACUGCCGUCCCCUUGGUUCUGUAUGCCAGCGAACGGUUCUUGCGAUUGUAUCGGACGAAUUACAGCAAGGUGGAGGUCGUGAAGGCUGCAGUCUACACCGGCAACGUGCUCGCUAUCCACAUGACGAAACCCGCUGGCUUCAAAUACAAAAGUGGCAUGUAUCUUUUCUUGCAAUGCCCCGCAAUCUCCUCGUUUGAAUGGCACCCAUUCUCCAUCACAUCCGCCCCGGAUGAUCCUUUCCUAAGCGUGCACAUCCGCACUUUGGGUGACUGGACUACGGAGAUGAGGAAGAUCUUCUCUGAUUCGUUGGGAGGGAAAACGCGCCUGCAAGCUAUCAACGAUUAUGGCCUCAGCGGUGAACUAACUCUGGCUCCAAGAUUUCCGAAGCUGUACAUCGAUGGUCCUUAUGGAGCUCCCGCUCAAGACUACCUCAAGUAUGAUGUGUUGCUUCUCGUUGGGCUUGGAAUUGGUGCAACUCCAUUUAUCAGUAUCCUCAAGGACAUGCUUCAUCACAGUAGAAACGAUUCAGUUUCUGAUCUAAGCUCAUCCCCUGAUUUAAACCCAACUGGAAGUCCUCCUCCGAAGAAGAAAGCCAAGAGGGACCCUAAGGCAUACUUCUACUGGGUCACCCGAGAGCAAGGCUCCUUCGAUUGGUUCAGAGGAAUUAUGCGAGAAGUCGAAGAGAUCGACAACAAGGAGCUCAUUGAGAUGCACAACUACUUGACAAGCGUGUACGAGGAAGGCGAUGCUCGCUCGACGUUGGUCACGAUGUUGCAGUCGUUGCACCAUGCCAAGAAUGGAGUCGACGUCGUUUCAGGCACUAGGGCACGUACCCAUUUUGCAAGGCCUAACUGGAAGAACGUUUUCACUAACAUGGCCGACACGCAUCCAAACAAGCGAAUCGGGGUGUUUUACUGUGGCCCUGCAUCACUUGUAAACGAGCUCAAGACUCUAUCGAAAGCAUUCACAAAGAAGUCCACAAAAUUCUUCUUCCACAAAGAAAAUUUCUAAUUGGGAGGCUGAUUCUUCUUGAGUUUGUGCGUAUGCUGAGUCACAAAGAGUUGUAAGAUAAAAAGUCCAUCAACAGAGGACUUCCCCAUCUGCUCCGCCACGAACUAAUAACUCAAAAAAACUUGUUAUUCACACGACGCAGAACCCCACUUUUUUUAACCAAAGCAGGGCUUAUUUAGUGGGUCCAGCUGUGACGAUAAUUCCAUUCGCCAUUCGGUGUAAUUUCAAUACCCUUGUAAUAAAGAUUAGCCAUCACCAAUUAUCACCACCGAUAAUUCCCUCAACAUGGUUUUUAUCACCUCAUGAUUCCUUACCAAAACGGAUUCAAAUCAAUGAUUCACCCACAUUGUUUUUCUUGACUGCAUCCUUGCUUCCCUGUCUGUAAUGUUCCAAUUAUGAAACCCUAAUUGAGACUCGUACAACAUGUGAGUCGUGCACAUAACAGGCACUUGUUCGUCACUACCUGAUGAAGCUCUUCUAAACAGUCCCUGCACUGAUUAGUGUGGACCCAGAAGCCAUUGUUUGCGCUAGAGGGUUUCUCGGGUCCGUAGAGAGGUGAUAGUCUGCAGCAUUCUUCUAGAAAAUCAUGCACAUUUCAUGCUUCUUAUUGAAUGAGUCAUCCCCCCUGGCAACUCACAGUCCUUCACAACUUGGGAAACCAGUCAGAGGAGUAGCUUGUCAACAGGACCUGACGACUGCUCCGUCAGAGCACAUGGCAUUGAAAAAGAUGAAUCGGCGCAGUAGGGGAGCUGCUCAGAGAUGACGUUGUUGGAAGCAUCGGUUGCGGUGGGUGGCAGUACAAAGCAAUCACCCGGUGAUUCGAUUCCACACACACACGAGGUUAUUGUGAUCACGUAAUGAGGGUGCAUUUGUUCCGCUUUACAAGACAAUCUGAGAACAAGACUGUAAGUUCUACUAUCUCAAAAUAUGCCUGGCAAUGUACGUAAAUCUGCUUACAGAAACCUUUCUUCUGAACCUCUAGCGUAAAGCAUUAGCAUGCCACAGUAAAUCCUACGCUACAGGUCUAUGCUUAGUUUGCUGAAGUGGGUUUUGCCGAACCAACCAACACACACAACCUAGACGAAGUCUUGUCUUUUUUCCUAACCAAUCUUUCAUCGAAUCCUGCUGUUACGCCACAAAACCAAGCACAAGCAUCUCAAUAAGUAUUUUUCAUUAGGAUAAGCUUCACCUCUUUCCUAAGGGUGCAAGCCAUGGGGUGCUGCUAACAAACCUUCAUCGAAGCUCGUGCACGAUAGAGCGCGGUUUAUCGAAACAGCUUGACUUUUUCUGGAUUGGUGGGGUUUUGACCCAUGAGGCCAUCUUGUGCUGUGUUUUGAACAGUGUCAAACCUUGGAAACCCUAAACUCCUUGCUUCUAGGUUUCAAGCGAUAUGUAGACUAGAUUCAAUGAGAAUCGCUGCAAAAACUCAAGAAUUAGAUGCACAUUGAUCAAGAGCAAAAUAUGAAAAAGGGCCGAGGCAAAAGAUAGGUUUGGGUUGCGACCUCGGCAAGCCUGUAAUGCAACAAUUUGAAACAGUUUGUUACAGAAUUCUGCAA